GUCUCCAAAAUAGUGCACCACGAACCUCGGCACCUGCCACUCGGCCGAUCACAAAGCUCGAAGCUGACCUUACGCUGAACCACGACAGCUCUUAACGUCCCAUUGAGCUCCACCAUGUAGUUAGUUCCAAAACUUCUUCCACUCCUUCUUUUCUUUCAUUUUCCCUUGCCUUUCAGUUUUCCUCCCCCGUUCUUUCCGCCCGAAAUGCCUCACGAAACCCUGACCCGCGCCACCGUCGCGUCCCACAACACCCCCGACUCCCUGUGGUGCAUCAUCGACCACCGCGUCUACGACCUCACCGACUUCGCCGACGCCCACCCGGGCGGGUCCGUCGUGCUCGAGCAAGUCGCGGGCACCGACGCGACCGAAGCCUUCUACAACCUGCACCGGCAAGCCAUCCUGCAAAAGUACGCGCACCUCCGCAUCGGCGUGCUCGACGGCGAGACGCCCGAAGCCAUCGUCCCGCAGCCCGGCGACCUGUGCCCGGUGCCCUAUGCGGAGCCGCUGUGGCUACGGCCCGAGUUCAAGAGCCCGUACUACAACGACAGCCAUCGGCGGCUGCAGAAGGCGUUGCGGGUAUUCGUGGACACACACGUCUACCCUGAAGCGCAGGCGCGCGAGAGCGACGGGAAGUACAUCAGCCAAGCGCUGGUCGACCGCAUGGCCGCAGAAAACAUGCUGAGGAUGCUGCUCGGGCCGGGGAAGCACCUGCACGGGAAGGUGCUGCCGGGGGGCGUGAAGGGGGAGGAGUUCGACUACCUGCACGACCUGAUCCAGGCGCAGGAGUUCAAUCGGGUGAACGCGCGGGGGUUCCAGGAUGGAAAUAUGGCGGGGAUGGCUAUUAGCCUCCCGGCGAUACUGCAGUGGAUGGGGGAUGAGGGCGUGAAGCAGCGGGUCGCGGAGGAGGUGUUGAGUGGGCGGAAGAAGGUGUGUUUGGCGAUUACGGAGGCAUUUGCGGGGAGCGAUGUGGCGGGGUUGCGGACGACGGCAAGGAAGACGGAGGAUGGGAGGUUUUACGUUGUGAAUGGAACGAAGAAGUGGAUUACGAAUGGGAUGUGGUGUGAUUAUUUCGUGACGGGGUGCAAGACGGAGAAGGGGUUUUCGGUCAUUCUGGUUCCAAGAGGAGAGGGGGUCGAGACGAGCUUGAUCAAGACGUCGUAUUCGACGACUGCGGGGACGGCGUUUGUGGAGUUCAACAACGUGAAGGUUCCGGUGGAGAAUCUACUGGGAGAGGAGCAUAAGGGGUUCGGGGUGAUCAUGAGCAACUUCAACCAUGAACGGUUCAUGAUGGUCUGCGCCGUGGUUCGAGCAUCUCGGACGGUAGUAGAGGAGUGCUUGAAGUGGUCCAACCAGCGGAUCGUUUUCGGGAAGAAGCUCAUCGAACAGCCCGUGAUUAGGCAAAAGCUGGCGAGGAUGAUAUCGCACGUGGAAGCCAACCAGGCCUGGCUCGAGCAGAUUGCUUAUCAGAUGAACAACAUGAGCUAUGCGCAGCAGGCGAAACUGCUGGGUGGCCCUAUUGGAUUGCUGAAGUCGUACUCGACGCGCUCAGCCCAUGAAAUCGCAGACGACGCGGUUAACAUAUUUGGAGGACGAGGUUUGACCCAGACUGGAAUGGGCAAGGUCAUCGAGAUGUUCAACCGUGGCAAUAAGUUCGACGCUAUUCUCGGUGGUACAGAAGAGAUAUUGGCAGAUUUGGGUGUGAGACAGGCCAUGAAGGGGUUCCCGAAGAGCAUGCUCUAGCCGAAGCUGUUGUGUGGAACAUGCCGAGUUGUGGGGAGACUUGGAGGCACAGGAAGAAUUGUCGAUGUAACAUCCGCAUCUAUAGCUGUCCAGGGGGUUUCACUGAGCUAAAAAAGGGACGAAAUAGGAAAUGUAGGUUAAAUUCCAACCUACCACACUGUAUCACAACCUCGGAAUACAGGACAACCUGGGGAUAUAGGACGGGGAAUGUAUUAGGGGCUCUUUCUGGAUGCAAGUCUCAAACUCAGAGUCAAUCUCGAUGUGUAGAAACGUGCCAAUGUUCUAACCGCCGGCGAGCUGCAUAUCACGUCUGGGCGUUCUUCAUCACGAUGCUCAACGGAAUCUGCAGCAUGGGCACGG